GGGAGCAGCAAACGGCCGGCGGCGGGCGCCGCACGGGGGGCGGGCGGCGCGGAGGAGGCGGCAGUGGCCAUGGCCGAGGCGUCGCCGCAGCCCGGACGGUACUUCUGCCACUGCUGCUCGGUCGAGAUCGUGCCGCGCCUGCCGGAUUACAUCUGCCCCAGAUGCGAGUCUGGUUUUAUUGAGGAGCUUCCAGAAGAGACCAGGAGUACAGAGAAUGGGUCCGCCCCCUCCACAGCCCCCACGGACCAGAGCAGGCCACCAUUCGAGACCGUGGACCAGCACCUGUUCACGCUGCCGCAGGGCUACGGCCAGUUUGCUUUCGGCAUCUUUGACGACAGCUUCGAGAUCCCCACGUUCCCCCCUGGGGCGCAGACCGAUGAGGGCAGGGACCCCGAGAGCCGGCGGGAGAGAGAGCAACACUCCCGGCACCGAUAUGGUGCCCGGCAGCCCCGCGCCCGCCUCACUGCACGGCGGGCCACCGGCCGGCACGAAGGCGUCCCCACGCUGGAAGGGAUCAUCCAGCAGCUGGUCAAUGGUAUCAUCACUCCUGCCAGCAUCCCCAGCCUGGGCCUGGGCCCCUGGGGUGUCCUGCACUCAAACCCGAUGGACUAUGCCUGGGGGGCCAACGGCCUGGAUGCCAUCAUCACGCAGCUCCUCAAUCAGUUUGAAAACACAGGCCCCCCGCCUGCAGACAAAGAGAAAAUCCAGGCCCUCCCCACCGUCCCCGUCACGGAGGAACACGUAGGCUCCGGGCUGGAGUGCCCCGUGUGCAAGGAUGACUACGGACUGGGGGAGCGCGUGCGGCAGCUGCCCUGCAGUCACCUCUUUCACGACGGCUGCAUCGUGCCCUGGCUGCAGCAGCACGACAGCUGCCCCGUGUGCCGGAAAAGCCUCACUGGUCAGAACACAGCCACCAACCCCCCGGGCCUGACCGGCGUGAGCUUCUCGUCCUCGUCGUCGUCGUCGUCCUCCAGCUCGCCCAGCAACGAAAACCCGGCCGGCAACUCCUGAGCCCCCCGCCCCCGCCUCGGGCCGGCCCCCAGCCUGAGCACAGGACCUCGCCCGCACCAGGCCCUGCGGGGAGGUGGGGGGGGCGCCGCGAGCUGGAGCCUGGAGGUGCCCCCACCCGCCUCGGCUCCCGCAUCGCCCCCCCCCCCACGGCGGGCAGAGAGACUCGGACGACCACCGCCUCCAGGCUGGAGCAAGCUCCGCCCUCCCCACGGUUGUCUGGCGCGGGGGCCUGGGCACACAGCGCCCCCGGGGCGUCCCCGGCUCCCCCACCCGUUUGUCUCUAACCUCACCCUCCACACAGUCAACGGCGGAAAGGUUUUUAUAAUUUUAAAUUAUUACUGCUUUGAAAUAAAUGGACGUUUUAGCUCACACGCGGCCCUGCAUGAUCUGUGGAAAGACCGGGUGGAGCCACUAGGCCGGGGUCUCCGCGACGCCUGGACAGGCCACCAGCCCCCAACCCAAGCGCAGGGGGCUCGGGACCACAGGAUGACCAGCAAAACAAGAACAAAACUGCUCCGACAGACGUUUUUUAAAGGAAAAAAUAUGUGUAUCUUGAAAGCUAUUUAAAAAUACACCUACUUAGAAA